AUGUCCUCCAGAUCCUCCACCCCCGAAGCCACCACCCCGAUUCCCACCCUCCCCAAGACCCACUCCGGCAUCCCCCCGUAUCUCCUCCCCAAAGCCACCCGCGCUAAGGAGGCCGUCUUCUCCGGCCGGACCAAACCCGCCAAGCCCCGCAGUCGUGAGGUGCCGGUGGUUCCCCAGGGUGUUUCCCGCGAUCAGUUCCUCGAGGCGUUGGAGGAACUGAAGCGAGAGUUGGGAGAGGAGAACGUCGAGGUGAAUGAUAAACCUUUGAAAGAUGGAUGGUACAUGGAGCACCCCAACACGCACGACAUGAUGACCAUUUUGGAUGAAGAGGAGUUUGUCGCCGGGGCGGUUGUCUACCCGGGCAACACAGACGAGGUGGUCAAGAUGGUGAAGUGGGCUAACAGAUGGCUUGUUCCCAUUUUUCCUAUAUCCAUGGGGAGAAACCUGGGCUAUGGCGGCGCCGCUCCGCGAGUGAGGGGUUCGGUCACGGUUGAUCUGGGGAGGAGGAUGAAUAAGAUACUGGAUAUCAACCCCCAGGAUUAUACCUGCUUGGUUGAGCCGGGGGUGUCGUUUUACGGGUUGUAUGAAGAGCUUGGGAGGAGGGGGUUGAGGGAGCACAUGUGGGUUGACACGCCUGAUUUGGGGGAGCAUCAUUGGGAAUACGGUUGA